AUGGCUCGCGAAGGUACUCGGUCGCAAACCGGCAACUCCAAGCCGCGCGUCUUCCCCGUCGUCGACACCGCGCCGGCGGUCAAGCGGACUACUAAGCCCAAGCCCGCAGCUUCUGAGGAACCCAAGGUUGCGCCCGCGAAGGGCGCCAAGCCUACGGGCGUAACCAAGAAGGCGGUCCCGAAGAAGGAGAGCACCGUCAAGGCUGUGGCGGAGAAGGUCGAGAAGAAGGCUGGAAAGACGGCCGACAAGGCGGAGAAGAAGGCCGACAAGGCGGCCGUGGAGCCAAAGGAGCCUAAGCCUAAGGCUGCGCCCAAGAAGAAGGCUGCCGCUGCCCCCGUCGCUGCUCCUGUUGCUGCCGCCGAGUAA